CUGUCCAAGCACCUUUCUGCAAAGAAAAGCAUAGAUAUAUACAAAUAUAAGAACCUGUCCUACUGUUUUGCCUCCUCUCCACCAUCAAAAGAAAACCACAUCAAACCACUGAAGCGAGGAAGAUUGAGCUCAGAUAUAUAUGGCGGGGUUCGUGGUGAGCGCCUCCAUGGGGGUGAUGAACCCUCUCCUGGCCAAGCUAACCACCCUCAUGGGCGAUGAGUACAAGAAGCUCAAGAGGGUGCGGAAGGAGGUGUCCUUCCUCAAGGAUGAGCUCAGCACCAUGAAAGCUCUCCUUGAGAGGAUGGAUGAUGCUGACGAACUCGACUCGCUCGCCAAGGACUGGAGGAAACAUGUAAUAGCGAUGACCUAUGACAUCGAGGACUGCGUUGAUGACUUUAUGCACUGUGUUGGUGAAGCCGAUGGUAAGGUGGGGGUCCUUCAGAAAGCUUCUAGCUAUCUAAGAACUUACAAGGAUCAUUAUCGAAUAGCAAACCAGAUCCAAGAGAUUAAGACUCGUGUGGUCCAAGCAAGCGAACGCCGACUGAGGUACAAGCUUGACGAGUGCAUCUCUAUUUCAACCACAGUAUAUGUUGAUCCUCGUUUAUCGUCCCUCUACAAGGAGUCAGUCAAUCUUGUGGGUAUUAACAAACAGAAAGAGGAACUUGUCAAAUGGGUAAUGGAUGAAGGGAAACAAUUGAAGGUGGUGUCCAUUGUAGGAUUUGGAGGGUUAGGAAAGACCACGCUUGCAAACGAGGUGUAUUGUGAAGUAGGAGGGCAGUUCAACUGCAACAUAUUUGUGUCUGUUUCUCAAAAGCCAGACAUGACAAGGCUACUCAACAGUGUUCUAUCAAAACUUAAGCUACAACCAUCUUCUUAUGCUUGCGAGGUGCAAGAUCUCAUCAAUAUCGUUGGAGGAUAUCUACAAGAUAAGAGGUACUUCAUAGUAGUUGAUGAUUUAUGGGAUGUGCGAGCAUGGAAUAUUAUUAGCUGUGCUUUUCCACGAAAUAAUGAACAUAGCAGAGUUCUAGUAACUACACGAAUUGAGGAUGUGGCUAGGGCAUGUUGCAGUGACCAUCUAUGCAUUCAUACUAUGAAACCCCUAAGUGACCCAGACUCAAGAAAAUUAUUCUUCAAUAGAAUAUUUGGAUCUGAAGAUGCUUGCCCUUCUCAGUUGUUAAACGUUUCAAGUGAAAUUUUGAAGAAGUGCGGUGGUUUACCACUUGCAAUUAUAACUGUAGCAAGUAUUUUAGCUUGCCAACCCACAAGAAUAAAGGAGCAGUGGGAGUACAUAAAGAAUUCUUUAGCCGCUCAUUCUGCAAUAAAUCCCACCUUGGAAGAUAUGAUGUAUAUCCUAGACCUCAGCUACAAGAAUCUUCCGCAACAUCUGAAGGCAUGCUUUCUGUAUAUUGGCCUUUAUCCAGAGGAUCGGGAGAUUAGGAGGGAUGAGUUGGUUAGAGCAUGGGUGGCAGAAGGUAUUGUAAGUUGCCCUCCUUGGCAAGAUAAAUGGGAUGUAGCGAAGAGCUGUUUCAAUGACCUGAUCAAUAGGAGCAUGAUUCAACCUGUGUAUGAUAAAUAUACCAAUGAGGUGGUACACUGCAGAGUACAUGAUAUGAUGCUUGAUCUCAUCGUAAGGAGGUGUAGAGAAGACAAUUUUAUCAUUGUGGUACGUGAUCUACAUGCCUUGACGGAAUUGCAGGACAAGGUUCGUCGACUAUCUGUCGACUUGAGUGGUGCAGAGGAUGACACAACAGUGUCUGUGACUACUAUUAGCUGCCUGUCACAAGUUCGUUCUCUCGCCAUCUAUGGAGCAUCGAAGUGGAUGCCUCCUUUGUCGGACUUUAAGUUUCUUAGGGUACUAUUCCUUGAGUUUCCUAAGCGGCCGGCGAGAAUUGAUCUUACAGGUAUCAUCCACUUGCCACAUCUGAGAUAUUUAAAUGUGGAAUGCAAGGCUGCAUGGUCUGAAGAUGGACUGGAGCUCCGCAUAGUGCUGCCUAGUCAAAUUCGGAGGCUGCAAUAUUUGGAGACGCUGGAGUUGCCUUUUUCAUCAGUUUGCACGAUCCCAUCAGACAUUUUUGACUUGCCAUGCUUGUCCCAUCUGGUCGUGCCUGCGGGCACGAGAUUUCCGGACAGGAUUGGCAAGGUGAAAUCGCUGCGAACAUUGGUUUGCUAUAGUCUGCACAAAGACUCGGCAGAAAAUACCAGGGCACUAGGCGAGCUCACAAAUCUUGCAGAGUUGAGGCUCAAUUGUGGUAAGGUGUACUGGGAAACUAUGCUGAGAUGCACGGAUGAUGAUGAUGAUACGCCGGAGGCGACUUGGGGGGCUGCUCUGAGCUCUUCCCUCCAAAAACUAGGCAACCUCAAGCAGCUUUCUAUUUUCUCACCGAUUCGAACUUGCAACGGUGAUGCCCUGAGCUCCUCGUUUUCUCCUCCUUUCUGCAACCUUGAGGAUCUUCAUCUAUCUGGAUGGACAUUCUCUAGAGUUCCCAGGUGGAUCGGCCAUCUCCAAAACCUCCGCGAGUUGUCACUUGGGUUGAAGUUGAAGGAGACCACCACCUGCUGGGAGGAAGUUGUUGGCAUCAUUGGAAGGUUGCCCUCCCUCGUCGUACUCUCGCUGCGGAUCCUAGGCGUUCUUACGGAAAGGAUCGUGAUAAGCGGCUUCACUGGGUUCUCGGUUCUCAAGUGGUUUGACUUCGACUGUGAUGGGAUAUCUUUCCUGACAUUUGAGGCAGGGGCUAUGCCCAACCUCCAGCUGCUCCAGUUAGAAUUCGAUCCACAAGAAUGGGACAAGGCGACACCUGCUGGGCUCCAGCACCUAUCCAAACUCAAGGAGAUCCGUUUAAUGGCGGUGCGACACCAUAACACGACAAUAAGGGACGAAAUGUCUGCGGGAGAGCUGAUCAAGGGCAUAUUUCAGAAAGCUGCUGGCGCUCUUCCGAGUUGCGCAGUAUUUAACACGGGAUCUGCAGUGAGGCCGAUAGAGUGGGACUCUUAGAAGACGGGGAUGGAUGCGAAUCAAAUUCAGACAGCAUGGUUCAGAAAUCAGCCGUCUGAUCCAUCUGCGCAACCUUGCAUUUCAUUUCAUCUCAUUUAUGGUUUCCUUGCUACUGGAUAUUCACCAGCUGAUGAUGCCACAAUUACAACAGGGAAGAUAGCACGGCCACAAUUAGAACUAAUGGAAAUGGGAAUGGGAAUGGAAGUUCAUGGUCGUCUUGGUGGUGGGCUUUCAUGGACCAUAUUGAGGUGCAACAUUCUAGGAGAUGGAAUGCUCAGCCACCACCGCCUCAACGGCGCGUGCUCCCCUGCGCUCAGCGACUACGCCGCUGGCUUCUGCGACGACGACGAGGAGGCGAGGGUGGACAGCCUCUGGGAGGACCUCAACGACGAGGAGGGCGAGUCGGCGCCAGUCCCUCGACGUGUCGCGCCGCCGGUCCGUUGGCGCGCCGGACGUUGCCGAGAGGGCGGCCAAGGAUCAGCGUGAAGCGUCGAGGAGUUCGCGGCGGCGCUCGCCGGGGCUGGUUAUCAGGAUGCACGCGCUCAAGAGAAUGCUGGUCGCACACAAGGGCAACAGCAAGGUGUACAGGGACGAGCAGAGCACCGCCUCUGCUUCUGCUGCUUCGUCUUCCUCUUGCAGUAAUCCCUGCAACAAGCGAUCAUCCUAAUACUCUAAUAUGUUCAUGUUUAUCGUGUUCGUUAAAUCUUGUGCCUCGAUUUGUUGACUGGAUAGUGCCUGCCAUGAUGAUCAUCACAAUCCUUUGGCAUAUUAAUGUGUAUCCUCGUCUAUAGUUUUAUCUGUUUCUGGUUAAAAAUGAAUGUUCUAGUUAGACCGUACAUGUUACAUGGACAUAUAGUUGGAGAUCACUGAGAUUGUUCUUUUCC